CAGGAGCUGGGAGACCAUGGAUGGUACCAUGGGGCUGCGGGUGCUGCUGUGCUUGUGUCUGGCAUCCCUCCUCGCCUUCCAGGCCAUGCCUGCCCUGGGCAUAGCUACAGGCAGGUCCAAAGGCAAUGAGAAGCGACAGGCUGUGGAAACAAGUGUCAACGGUGUGAUCAUCCGGAGUUUGAAAGUCAACUGCAAAGUCACCUCUCGCUUUGCUCACUAUGUCAUCACCAGCCAAGUGGUCAACAGUGCUGAUGAAGCCAGGGAAGUGGCCUUCGAUGUGGAAAUCCCCAAAACAGCCUUCAUUAGUGACUUUGCCAUCACAGCAGGUGAGAAUGCAUUUAUUGGGGACAUAAAGGACAAAGUGACUGCAUGGAAGCAGUACAGGAAAGCAGCCAUCUCCGGGGAGAAUGCUGGCCUCGUCAGGGCCUCAGGGAGAACCAUGGAGCAAUUCACCAUCCACAUCAAUGUCGGUCCCCAGAGCAAAGCCACAUUUCAGCUGACCUAUGAGGAAGUGCUAAAGCGAAGCCUGAUGCAGUAUGACAUUGUCAUUAAAGUCAAGCCCAAGCAGCUGGUGCAUCAUUUUGAGAUCGACGUGGACAUCUUUGAGCCUCAGGGGAUCAGCAAACUAGAUGUCCAGGCCUCCUUCCUCCCCAAGGAACUGGCAGCCCAAACAAUUAAGAAAUUCUUCUCAGGGAAAAAGGGUCAUGUGAUUUUCCGCCCCACCGUGGCCCAGCAGCAGUCCUGUCCCAUGUGCUCUACAUCCUUGCUGAACGGGGAUUUCAAAGUGACCUACGAUGUCAAUCGAGACAAACUCUGCAACCUCCUGGUGGCCAAUAACCACUUUGCUCACUUCUUUGCCCCUCAAAACCUGACGAACAUGAAUAAGAACAUUGUUUUUGUGAUUGACAUCAGUGGCUCCAUGCAAGGCCAGAAAGUGAAGCAGACCAGGGAGGCGCUCCUUAAAAUCCUGGGGGACAUGCAGCCAGAUGACUACUUUGACCUGGUCCUCUUUGGGACCCAUGUGCGGUCAUGGAAGGGCUCAUUGGUACAGGCAUCCGAGGCCAAUCUGCAAGCAGCUCGAGACUUUGUUCAGCGCUUCUCCCUGGAUGAGGCCACAAACCUGAAUGGAGGUUUGCUCCGGGGAAUUGAAAUCUUGAAUAAAGCUCAGGAAAGCCUCCCAGAACUCAGCAACCAUGCCCCAAUUCUCAUCAUGCUGACAGACGGUGAUCCUACAGAGGGGGUGACGGACCGUUCCCAAAUCCUCAAGAACAUCCGUGAAGCCAUCCGAGGCAGGUUUCCGCUCUACAACCUGGGCUUCGGCCACAAUGUGGACUUCAAUUUCCUGGAGGUCAUGUCCAUGGAGAACAACGGACGGGCCCAGAGAAUCUAUGAGGACCGGGAUGCCACCCAGCAGCUGCAGGGUUUCUACAAGCAGGUGGCCCGACCCCUGCUGGUGGAUGUGGAAUUACAGUACCCCAAGGAUGCUGUCUUAGACCUCACCCAGCACCGCCAUAAGCAGUACUAUGAAGGCUCAGAGAUCAUUGUGGCUGGGCGCAUUGCUGACCACAAACUGGCCAACUUCAAGGCUGAUGUGCAGGCCCGUGGGGAGGGACAAGAAUUCAGGACAACCUGCCUAGUGGAUGAGGAAGAGAUGAAGAAGCUGCUCCAAGAGCGUGGCCACAUGCUGGAGAACCAUGUCGAGCGCCUUUGGGCCUACCUCACCAUCCAGGAGCUACUGGCCAAGCGGAUGAAGGUGGAGGGAGAGGAGAAGGCCAAGCUGUCAUCCCAGGCCCUGAAGAUGUCACUGGCCUACCAGUUUGUGACCCCACUGACUUCCAUGACUAUCAGGGGCAUGGCAGACGAGGAUGGCCUGAAGCCCACCAUUGAUAAGCCCUCAGAGGAUUCUCUGCCCCUGGAGAUGCUGGGACACAGACGGACGUUCGUGCUGGCCGCCUCGCAGCCUUCUCCUACCCGCCCCAGCUCCAAUAUCCAGCAGUUGCCAAACCAAGUGACUGGCGUGGACACUGACCCUCACUUCAUCAUUCAUGUGCCCGAGAAAGAGGACACCUUGUGCUUCAACAUUAAUGAGGAGCCUGGUGUGAUCCUGAGCCUGGUGCAGGACCCCGACACAGGCUUCUCAGUGAAUGGGCAACUCAUUGGCAAUAAGGCCAGGAGCCCUGGGCAGCAUGAGGACACGUACUUCGGGCGGCUGGGCAUCGCAAACCCCGUAACGGACUUUCAGCUGGAAGUGACUCCUCAGAACAUCACACUGAACCCACGCUCAGGAGGACCUGUGUUCUCCUGGAGUGACCAGGCUGCGCUGCGGCAGGAUGGCCUCAGCCCUGAGCCACAUCAGCGGUUGACACCCACACAGCCUGUGCAGACACAACAGACUCUAUGGAGCUUUUCCCUUGUUUCCUGGACCUGUCUUCUGGGCCCAGCUGCCUGGAUGCCUCUGCUCCCAUGGCACCCUGCCCUGAAUGCCAUCAUCACCUCCACCAAGCAAAGCCAGUUUGUCCUCCCGGGCCCAGUACAAAGGCCACCUCUUCCCUGAAGUUCUCCUACUCUCUUCUCUGCUAAACCGCAGAAUUCUCUUGGUUUCCCAUUUGGCACCUGUCAUAGUCUGCCUUGUUGCAUGCCUUUUCUUUCCUUCACUUGUUCCUUCAUUCAACAAGUGGCUGAGCACCAGCACCUAAUGCUGGGUGGCUGGGCUUUAGGAAGAGGUGGACAGAGUUGGGUGUAGAAGACACAGGUAAGAAGUGGGAAUCAGAGAACACAGACUCUGAUAUUAGGCUAAAAUCUGAGUCUUGGCUCCACUGCUUACCAGCAGUGCUACCUUGGGCAAGUUACUUCACCUCUCUGAGCCUUGAUCCUCACAAGGUCAGAGUGAGAACAGAAUGACGUGGUUUGCAUAGGAAAGCCUAGCACAGGGCCUGACUCACUGUAAGAGUCCAAUACACAACAGCAACAUGAGGGAAGAAGCAUAGAGCAGGUAACAGUCCACUGUCUGCGGGGGAAGGCCUCGGGGGUAGAGGGAUGGACAUAGAGCUGGGUUCUGGAGCACAGGGACAGCUGAAUGGAGAGGGAAGCAGCCCAGCCACACCUGCUCUCAUGACCGCUUGGCCCUGCAGAGUGGUGGUGACCAUCAA